AUGGCUACGGCUGCCGCCAAGAAUGCUAUACCCAACCCUGCACCUGCACCACAACCGAAGAAGCGCUGGUCCCGUUUACGUGCGUUGAAGCGUAUCAUCCAGCUUGGAGCUGUCGGUGCUGUCGGAUAUGCAUCUUAUGUUGUUUAUCAAAACCGUCAUCCUACGGAGCAGAAGCAAUUCGAUCCUUCAAAACGCACAAUUGUUCUCUUGGGCACUGGAUGGGGAGCCGUAUCAUUUUUGAAGAAACUCAAUACAGAUGAUUUCAACGUGAUAAUUGUUUCUCCUCGUAACUAUUUCUUGUUCACACCCUUGUUGCCCAGCUGUACGGUCGGAACCAUUGAGCUUCGCUCCAUCAUGGAACCUAUACGCUUCAUCACUCGCCAUAAGAGUCGCAAUGUCAAGUUCUAUGAGAGUGAAUGUACCGACAUUGAUCCGGAGAGCAAAACCAUUAGUAUUACAGAUGUCUCUGAUAUCAAAGGAGCUGUUAGCAACACCACCAUUCCUUAUGAUUACCUCGUUGUAGCCAUUGGCGCCGACAAUCAGACAUUUGGCAUGGCGGGUGUUCGGGAACAUGCAUGCUUUUUGAAGGAGAUUUGGGACGCUCAAAAGAUCCGUACCCGUCUUAUGGAUUGUGUUGAAUCGGCGGGAUUCGCUUCUCAGACGCCAGAGGAGGUCAGUCGUUUGCUUCAUAUGGUCGUUGUUGGAGGAGGUCCCACUGGGGUUGAAUAUGCAGCUGAGCUGCAUGAUUUCUUGAAGGAUGAUCUUCAGAUCUGGUACCCUGAACUGGUAGAUAAGCUCAGAAUUACGCUUGUGGAGGCUCUACCGAAUGUCUUACCCAUGUUCUCGUCCCAAUUGAUCCAAUACACUGAACGAACAUUUAAACAGAACAAUAUUGAAGUCCUGACAAAGACUAUGGUCAAAGAAGUGGCUGACAAAGAGAUCAAGGUCAUGGAUGCCAACAAAAACAUGGUCUCAAUUCCUUAUGGUUUAUUGGUUUGGGCAACAGGUAAUUGCCCUCGACCCUUGGCUCGCAAAUUGAUGGCACGUCUCAAGGAGGGCGGUCAGUCAUCACCUCGUGGAUUGCUCAUUGAUGAGUACAUGCGCGUGGCUGGAGCACAGGACAUGUAUGCCAUUGGAGACUGUACAUUCACAAAGUAUGCACCUACUGCUCAAGUGGCGACACAACAGGGACUUUACUUGGCUUCUGUCUUUGCAAAUUUGGCUAGGAUAGAACGGGGUGAGAAUAGAAAGAUCUCCCCGUUCGAGUACACUCAUCAAGGAUCCUUGGCAUACAUUGGAUCCGACCGAGCCAUUGCAGACUUACCCUUCUUAAAUGGCAAUGUCUCCGUCGGAGGUGUGGCAACUUAUGUCUUCUGGCGCUCUGUUUACAUCUCCAACAUGUUCAGCUUCAGGAAUCGAUUCUUAGUCGUUGGCGAUUGGGUAAAGUCCAGGAUCUUUGGACGUGAUGUCUCUCGAGAGUAG